ACUAGACAUUUUAAUGCAGGUCUUUGUUCCCUUUGUUUUGUUUUCCCAGCAAUGACAUUAUUGCUGGUGUUCCUGUUCCUGGCUGCUGUGCUGCUUCCGUCCUUUCCUGCAGGUGCAUAUGAGGAUUCAGAUUUUCCUGCUUUGUUAACCACUCUAAGCCAAGUACAAUCAGAGAUUGUAAAUAAACACAAUGAACUAAGGAAAGCAGUCUCUCCAAGUGCCAGGAACAUGCUAAAGAUGAGAUGGAGCAGUGCGGCAGCAGCAAAUGCCCAAAAGUGGGCAGACAACUGCAAAUAUGAACACAGUGACUCAGAUUUUCGAAGAACCAGUUUAAGCUGUGGCGAGAAUCUCUUUAUGUCAAGUCACCCCACUUCAUGGUCCUAUGCAAUCCAAAGCUGGUAUGAUGAGUACAGUGACUUUGCCUAUGGUGUAGGGCCGAAGACUUCCAAUGCAGUAAUUGGACAUUAUACUCAGGUUGUUUGGUAUUCAUCUUUCCUUGUGGGAUGUGGAAUGGCCUACUGUCCUAACUCAUCUUUAAAAUACUUCUAUGUUUGCCAAUAUUGUCCUGCUGGUAAUGAUCUUACUAGAAUAAGCACACCUUACAAACAGGGAACACAAUGUGCCAGUUGUCCUGAUCACUGUGACGAUGGACUAUGCACCAAUGGUUGCGAGUAUGAAGAUCGCUAUAGUAACUGUAAACAAUUGAAGACGUCAUUAGGCUGCACAUAUGAAUUGGUUAAGAACGAUUGCAAGGCCUCCUGCAAGUGUAGCAACAAAAUUUAUUAA